GAUAAAUAGUCCUGUCAAAAGGCGCAGCUCGCGGCUGUACUACUGGAUCCCUGAGUCAAGUUCCGCAGAGCCCUGGGCUGGAGGGUCAGUAACUGAUCGCGCCCGCUCCAAGCGCCCAGCUUACAGGGGAUCCGCAGUGCGGCAAGCCCGGGUCUCCAGUCCACCCCUGAGCUCUCCCACGCCCCAUCCUCAGAGAGAAGAAGCCGGAGAAGGCGAGACUGGCCGGGGCGGAGAAAGGCGGGCGCGCGUGGGCGCCGGGGACUAGGCGAUGUCCACCGGCUCGGUGAGUGACCCCGAAGACACGGAGAUGCGGGGGCUGCAGCGUGUCCACCCGGCCCCCACCUCCAAGAGGCCACCCCUGUUCCGGACGGAGCGCGGCUUCGCAUCGCCCAGCGACAACUCUUCCGCGGAGGAGGAGGACCCAGACGGAGAAGAGGAGCGGGGCUCCCUGGGAGCCUCGGGAGCCGCGGGGGGCUGCAAGAGGAAGCGGCCCCGUGAGGCUGACGCCAGCGGCGCAGGUGGCGCUGCGGGCGGCGCGGGGAAGAAGCCGCUCCCGCCCAAGGGCUCGGCCGCUGAGUGCAAACAGUCACAGAGGAACGCGGCCAACGCCCGCGAACGCGCCCGGAUGCGCGUACUGAGCAAAGCCUUCUCCAGACUCAAGACCAGCCUGCCCUGGGUGCCUCCGGACACCAAGCUUUCCAAACUGGACACGCUGCGCCUGGCUUCCAGCUACAUCGCGCACCUGCGCCAGCUGCUGCAGGAGGACCGCUACGAGGACAGCUACGUGCACCCCGUGAACCUGACGUGGCCAUUCGUGGUCUCUGGACGCCCAGACUCUGACACCAAAGACGUUUCUGCAGCCAACAGGCUUUGUGGAACUUCCGCUUAGAUGGACAGCAGACUUAGAUGGAUUGUGUUAAAUGCAAAGGACUGGGCCAAGAAAGUCCCACUGAAUUCCCGGCCUUCUUCUUUCCCUGGGCCUGUGAACAAGAUAGGUGACAAGUGUAGUUGCCUUCCUAGAGCACAAGUGGCCAUGGCUGCCGCGAAUCAGUGCAAAAUUCUGUAGCCAAAGAAAGCCCAGUUUCAGGGGAAGAAUGUGCAGACUAGAUGCAAACCUGGGGCUUUAGCUCUGAGCACAACCCCUUGCCCCUGCCUGCCAUCAGAGUCCAGUGCAGAAACGGGUUGGUUUUGAAGCUAAUCUCAAUUUUCCUUAUGGUUGAGAGCAAGGUUCUGCACAUCAAGGUCCUUCUGUGACCAUGCCUGAGAGCUGUUUCCCAGUAGUAGAAAGAAGGCCUCUGCAUUAGAGCUGUGCAGGGGCUUGUCACUAAGGGCAGUGUUGCUAAUGUGUGGCAUACUCCCACCAGACAAGUCAUGGUGAAAUGGAGACAUAUACCACCAGACACUGGCUUUGCCCACAAUCCUUGAAGGCUGGAGUUUAUUCCCUCCUCUGCUUAAUCAGUGUUGGGGCCACCUGCCCUGCAGUUCUCCAUCCAGUGAGUGCAGUUUGUUUGUGGGGUCUCAGCUCCUUCCCACUCAUACUGUCCCCUGAAGUCUUUUCUUACUACCCAUUUGGGGACACGUGCUUCACCCCUCUAAUCCGGUCACACUCUGCCACAACACAGCCUUCUGUGGUGGGCAGCUGGGGCUGGGGCUGGUCUAUUAUACUGGUUUCUACCCAGUGCAUGGUGCUUAGCGGUGCUGGAAAUGCUGCACUACCAUGGUAACUAACAUAUGUAAAUAAAUUUAUUUUUUUAUGAACAAAGCA